AUGUCUGCAGCAGAGUAUUACGGAUCGGGGCCCGGCUCACCCUACGCCCCUCCCGGACCUCCUGCACCCCACCAUCACCGACCACCUCCAUCUUCUCCGCGACACCAUCAUCACGGUCCUCCCGCACCCCGCCGUCACCACCACAACGUUCCACCCCCACCACCCGACAACGGCCUCCUAGUGCCCUAUGCGCUGCAUCGGCCAGGCUCCGCUCACUCCGAUCGACCCCCGCGCUACGAUGAACGCGGCUCGAGCCCGUACCCCCGACCCCACAGCGCAGAUCCCUCCGCCAGCGGGCGUGAACGGGGUCGGGAAGAGCACGAGGAAGAUGGGGAGCGUGGUCUAAGGGCGACGCUUCUGGGUGGAGGCGCGGGUGGGUUUGUAGGCCACAGGCUUGGGAAGGGAAAGGUUGGGACGAUGCUGGGCGGUAUGGUUGGCGCUGUUGCUGCGAAUGCAGUAGAGCACAAACUCCAGGGCAAGCACGGACAUGGGCACGGUCAUCAUCAUUCACAGAGCCCAUAUGGACAUCAUGGCAACGGGCAUCACUCUGGUGGCCUGUUAGGAGGCGCAAGCCGCUUGCUCGGUGGGGGAAAUAGUCACGGUUCUCAUAGCCACCACCACUCAGUCCCACAUUACUACGGCCAUCACGGUCAUCACGGGCAUCAUGCGCACGGCCACCAUAAGUACCACGGUGGUCCUCCUUCUGGCUGGUAA